AUGGCGGCAAGAAAGUUGCAAACCGAGAUCGACCGGACCUUGAAGAAGGUCGCGGAAGGUGUCGAGAUCUUCGAGGGCCUCUAUGAGAAGCUUCAGCAGUCGUCGAAUCACACGCAGAAGGAGAAGCUCGAGUCCGACCUCAAGACUCAGAUCAAGAAGCUGCAAAGGCUCCGGGAUCAGAUCAAGACCUGGCUGCAGAGCAACGAUAUCAAGGACAAGAAGCCGCUGCUCGACAAUCGCAAGCUCAUUGAGACGCAAAUGGAGCGGUUCAAGGCGUGCGAAAAGGAGAUGAAGACCAAGGCCUUCUCGAAAGAGGGCCUUAUAGCAGCCGCCCGGCUAGACCCGCGCGAGAAGGCCAAGAUGGAGAUGUCCGACUGGCUCUCGGGCAUGGUCGACGAGCUCUCAAGACAAGUCGAGACGACCGAGGCCGAGAUCGAGGUCACGCUCGGCUCCAGCAAGAAGAAGAAGGGCAGCGCUAAAGACGAGCGAGUCUCGGCCAUGGAGAACCAGAACGACCGGCGAAAUUGGCACAUCUCCAGGCUCGAGAUCCUCCUUCGGAUGCUCGAGAACGGCAACCUCGAAACGGAUCGCGUCGAGGGGAUCAAGGACGACAUCGCCUACUUUGUCGAGAGCAAUGCUGAAGAGGACUUUGAGGAGGACGAAGGCAUCUAUGACGAGUUCAACCUCGACGACGAGGAAGAGGCGUUCGGUCUGAAGGAUAACGACGACCUCCAAAGCAGCCACGACGGCGCAUCUCUCGCUGACGUCGACGCCUCGCCGAAACCAAACGCCACGCCAUCAAAGGCGAGGCGAGACAGCGAGGUCGAGAUGAAGAAGGACGAGUCGCCGGCACCGUUGGCAAAGAAGGUCUCGAAAAAGCAGCCGAGCGAGCCACCAGCAUUGCCAAAGGAGAAGGCGGUGCCAGCCGCCAACUUUGCGCAAGCGAAAGCUCCGACGUCACAGGCUUCGGUCACCUCACCACCAAAGGCACCGAGCGCCGCACCGCUUCCGCCGAUCCGAUACGCGGCCGCCGCCGCGGCAGCCGUCGCACCUACCGCCACGUCCAACAGCACCGCGCAGCCGGGCGCGCCAGGGUCCAGCACAGAUCCAACGGCGGCCUCUCCGCCGCCAUCAUCUGCGGCGGGCACCGCGGAUCAGCCUUCGGAAGCGACGACGGCCGCAUCCCCGGCACUCUCGAACGCGCACAGCGUGUCGCAGCAGGCAUCUGCCGCCUCGCAUCCGACAUCGGUUCAUUCGACACCGGCGCCCGCCGGCGGUGGAGCGGGGACACCGGCGCAGCAGGCGGCGGCGCAAAAGCAGGCGGGCACCGAAGCAAGGCUGCCGAGCUCGCUGACCGACCUAGUGUCGUCGUUCGAGUCGGCCAAGCAAAAGUCGAUGCGCCGGGACAGCAACCUGACGUCGGUGCACAAGUCGCUCGAGUCGAGCUUCAUGAACGUGCCCGAGCCGCUCGACUCGGACAAGCCCAAGUACUACGUGCCCAAGAACCCGUUCCCGACGCCGGCCUACUACCCGCAGGCGCCCGCGUCGGUGUUCGACAACCCGGCGCUCUAUUCCAAAUUCGACGUCGAGACGCUCUUCUACAUCUUCUACUACCAGCAAGGCACCUACCACCAGUACCUGGCGGCCAAGGAGCUCAAGAAGCAGAGCUGGCGCUUCCACAAGCAGUACCUCACCUGGUUCCAGCGCCACUCGGAGCCGCAGGCCAUCACCGACGAGUACGAGCAGGGCGUCUACGUCUACUUUGACUGGGAGGGCUCGUGGUGCCAGCGGAAGAAGAGCGACUUCCGAUUCGAGUACCGGUGGCUCGAGGACAACUGA